CGGUCAAGGCACGUGCGUCGUGUGCGUGGAUGGGGCAACGGAACGAGGCGCAGCCGCAGUCGUCGCUCGGAUCUCGAGCGAGUUGGUUGCGUACCGCUUUUAUAGAUUCGCGAGCAUCGGUUCUACCUCGUUCGAUCUAUUUCGAACUAGUGGUUAGGACAGCCUUUGUCCUGGUUAUUCUACAUGACAACGACGUUUACGCAUCUUUACUGUGUACCUCUGUUCAUGUGCUUUCGCGUAUCGUCGAUCGUUCCACUGUUUAACGCAAGUUCGACGAAGGGAGAGAGAUAGAUAGAUAGACAGAUUGAGAAAAAAGCAGUGUGAUUCGAAUCGCCAUGGAUCGGUCGACGAAAAUAAUUCUACGAAAGAUCAUCAUAGAUUUCACGUGUUUGUUUAUCGUGAGCAUCGCUGUGCUACUAUUUUUCCUUUACGGGAAACCAUACAAACGUGGAUUCUUUUGCAACGAUGAAUCGUUGAUUCACCCAUUUCUCCCAUCUACGGUGACUAGUGCGAUGCUUUACAUAAUUGGACUUUUCCUUCCUAUAUGUACGAUGUUAAUAAAUGAAUAUCUAUACACAAGGAACUGCAAGAUGGAUUCUUCAAAAAUAUUUUUUGGCUACAAUAUACCUCCAUGGGUCUGGAGUGCCUACGAAAAGAUUGGGAUUUUCGGUUUCGGUGCAGCCACAAACGUUUUAAUCACCGACGUGGCCAAAUAUUCGAUAGGCCGAUUGAGACCCCAUUUUAUUACUCUGUGCAUGCCUAACGUGAAUUGCAGCCUAAUUGAAAAUCAGCAUAAAUAUAUUGAGAAUUUUACCUGUACAAACAACCUCUCGAGGAGCCUAUUGAAAGAACUCAGAUUAUCCUUUCCCUCGGGACACUCGUCGUUCUCGGCCUACACCAUGAUCUAUCUUGCGUUGUACUUGCAAUUAAGGAUGACGUGGAAAGGUAGCAAAUUAUUAAAACAUUUCUUUCAAAUUGGGUGCCUGCUAAUGGCCUGGUACACUGCAAUGUCACGAAUUUCCGACUACAAACAUCACUGGAGCGACGUUCUGAGCGGUUCGAUCAUUGGUACCGUCGUGGCUCUAGUUGUGGCUAACUGUGUAGCGGAUCUGUUCAAGGAACGAAGACGUUUUCUGACAGAAGAGAAGCACCGCGCGGCUGAUUACGAAACAGAAGGCGGUACACAGGCCGUGACUGUCUUCUAGCUAUCUCUGGGAAGCUAAUCGGGUCUCAGGGAACAAUACUAUGGGUGCCUGGAUAUCGAACAUCGCGGCCUACCAUCAACGCGCUCGCGUACCUUUUCAAUCCAACAGCAACUGCCUUACACGCUGGGACCGCUCAUCACGUACCACCUUCUUCAACGAGCCUUCUAUAUACGUUGCUGAUCCACCAUCCUUAGCAUCAUCAUAAUCAUCAUCAUCGAGUGGUUUCAUUCAUCAAAAUUCUCCCACUCUUUUUGUAAAAAAGCUUUGCGAGAAAAAAGGUCUUGUCGUUAAUCCUAUUCGUGAUCGUUCUAAACGAGACUGUCAUCGAUUGUCCAUGAAUUUCGAGCCUUGAGUGGUCAGUUUUCAAGUUUGUCCAAUAUUUUUUGUGGAAAGAUACGUUACACGUUGAAGAGCGAAAAUUGUGAUGUCGUUGUCCUUAGCUUUUACGUUGUAUCGAUGGACAGUUUCUGUAAACAAUAUCUUGGUAUUCUUUUAUUUCGUCCAAAUUAUCGUUUCGAUAGAUCCGCGCCAGGAUCUACGCUUAUUUUAUUAAUGUUUUAUGAAAACAUAUUUAGUUGAUCGUACGAUAGGUAUCGUAUAGAGAUGAAUUAUUUUAAAGAUACGGAUAGGUGAGAGAUAUGUUUGUAACAUUAACGAAGAUGUAUUUAUUUCUUGUUGAGCGUUAUUUAUUUAUAGGUAGAAAGCAACGAGCAAGUAUCCUCCGUUGCCCUUGCUAGAGAAUAUUGCUAUUCAAUUUUAUUCUUAGUUUAGUUCUGCCAAGUGAGAGUGGAGGUUGGAAGCAGGGCAGGAUUGAUGGGGUAGAUAGGGACAAAAGUCGUUAGCAGAAGUAAAAAUAUGAUGAUUAAUCGAGGUUUUGACUCACGAGGUUCUAGUUAGGCACUCCUUAGGCUUGGAGAUCUCCAUAUCUUGGGAAACUAAUAUUAUACUUAAAACGUAAUGACCGAAGACCUUAGAUCUAUGAGAAGAGCCAUAGGUUUUGACAGCGUAGAUCUUCGACCUUAAAGUCUCUGUCACCCAUGGUAUACUUUGAAAAAUCGUUCCAAGCAUAAUGUGUCAAAGGGAUAAUUUAGAGCUUACAAUUAGAAGUUCAGAGUUUAGAAGAAGAACUAAGAUAAAAUUUAAGAACACGCAUUUAGAACUUCAUUCUUUCUUGGCACAGCUACACUAUGUUUUUAGUAAAUUACUUAUUGUUAUGAUAAAUUACCUUGCUCGUAUUUGGUGCUUUGGAGAACGUUGUGCUAAUGUUAUUUAGAGUUAUGAACUAUUACAUAAGAAAUGAAACGCGAUAAUUUCUUUUGUUGAAUUUAAAAAGUACAAUUGUUCUUUGGCAAUUGUAGCAAAAUUUUCAGUAUUGAUCGCUUCUUACAUUAUACGUACAGAACGAAUAUAAUUCAAGUGUACGUAUUUCUAGAUCGACGAUUUUGUUAGCACUUAAAAGAAUAUUCGAAAUUCCUAUUUACUUCAAUCUCAUCUCAUCGAGCAAUGGAACGCAAUUAAUAACAAGCCUAUAUGCAAUAAUCACUUGAUAGUCCGAAAGGGCGUAUAAUUUAAAGUAUUAACAAUAUCGAUUUUUAUUAAGGAAUAAAAAGUAAUUAGUGAACAUUGCGAAACAAUGUAAUGCUAUAUUAUAAUACCAUUUUGAAGUGUAUACACUUUUAGAUUACGGGGGUAUAGAUUCUAAUAUCUAGAAUGCAGGAUUAUUCUUCUGUAAUUGAUUCUUCUUUUUUUUUUUCUUUUCUAUUAAACUUUUUACAUAAUUCUGAUAGCACAUUCGAUAGUACACAUUGCCAGUUGAAAUUUUGGAAUCACUUGUCAAUUUCUUUUUUCAAUAAUCCAUAAACAAAUUUUAGUUCAUUGUUUUUCUUCUUUUUUUUUGUACAGUAAUUCCAAAUUUUUGAGGCAGUGUGAGUAUACCUAUAUGAUAGGAUAUUUAGUGCUUCAAAAUUGUAAGACCUAUGCAAGUUUAUCACAGCGAAAAUUAAAGAAUUUGUAAAGAUUCUUUUUCUUUCAUUUAUGUAUGUCCUGAUAGACUUGCAUAUUUCUAUUGGUCCUACAAUUUUGAGACGUUCUAUAUACAUACUUAUGUACGUAUGUAUGGUGCUCGUGUGGUUUUACACGUAGAACAAAAAUGUUCUGAAAUACGGCAGUGCUGUAUUAUUAAGUGGAAGUAUUGUGUACCUGUACACUGUUAAUAGACGAAACUGUGUACGUUUAUAUAUGUUAAGAUAAAGAUCCUUAUUUAUUUUUCAAAGAUUCGACUCGUAGAUGUUUGAAAACGACCAGUCAAUGAUUUUCUCGUUUCUUUCAAUAAUAAUCAUAAAAAUCAUGUUAAUCUUUAAUGCAAUCUACUACUUACCUUUGUUUAACAAUAAGUAAAUCUGCUUGAUUUCAUUGGCUGCUGAAUUUUGCAAACUUACUCUGCGAAUAAUAUUAAUUAUUACUAUUUCUACAUAAUAGCUUUAACAAGGUGACAAGGUCCAAAUUUUUUUGGAAUUUUAUACUUUCUUUGAUGUCAAAUUUUGCGUCUCGUUAUUUUCUACAAAAAAUUACUAAGAUACUUGGGUCAAAAAUUCAUUAAUUAAAAAGUUAUCCCAGGGAGAGACCGCCAGCCUCUCCCAGUCUCUCCCUAAGAUAUCUUUUUAACUAUUCAAUUUUCGACCCAAGUGCCAUAAUAAUUUUUUACAGAGAAUAAAAAUACGCUUCCAUUGAUGUAUAACAAAGUACACAAUUCAAUUAAAACAAAUUAAGUUGGCCUUGAAAUCUUUGCAGCGCUUCUACUUCAAAAGCUGACAUAUGCAUCAAACGAUGUUCCAUUUAACACAAUUCAGUUUUUCCUAAUGACAUUUUUUUUUAGCUUUGUUCAAUUUAGAGCUUGGCCCAGUUGUAUGGCAUUUCCUGUUAGUAUUCUUCAUUGAAGCACUUCUUGAAGGCAUUGAAAAACCUAUGUACCUAGGUACUACUUUUCUUACAAUUUAUGAAAAAGUAACAUAAAUAAACGGCCAAGUAUUACUUAGAAAAGUGUCGAUUGUACUAUGACAGUAUUUUCUAUACUUGUCACCUAAGGGAUCACCCGUAACAGCUACUUUCUCGCAAGUCCUUGCUCAAUUAUCCAUCAUAAUGUACAGAAUGCCACAAUGUAGGUCUGGCAGACCUACAGCUCAAACCUUAGGCAAAGUUUGAACUGUUGAAACCACUAUAACUUUAUUAAAUUUGAUUUUUCAGUUUUGUAAGAAUUUGAAAUGGUGACUGGUACACCUUAUGUUUAAAUAAUUAUUAUUGUGAAUCAGUAUUUUUCAAAUUAUUGCUGAUAGCCUAUAAAGGAAUUAAUUAUUGUGAUAUAAAGGUACUGAUAAUUUUAAAUUUCCUAUAUACCUUGUAUUAUUAAAAUGUAAUUUUUCAAUAAUAAUAGUAAUAAAUUAGUAUCUUAGAAUUAUAUUUGGAAUUGUUGAGUAAAUUAAAAUUGUUUCUAUUUAGAGAAAGAGGUAAUUGCAGAAGUUUGAAAAGUACUUGAAUUGUUAAUUAAAUGAAAGUCGAAUUAGGUGUAGGCUAGAUUGAUAAACUAGAAAAAUGUCUUUUGACUAUAUUUUAAAUUGAAAGUAGUAGUUAGCAAUAAACUGUAUACGUAUAUUUAUAAAAUUCUCGAUAGAUACUAAUGUAUACUUAUGAGACGAUUUAACAAUAAUAAAAGAACACUUUUCGAAACUUC